GUCAGUUAGUUAAUAUUCAUGAGCUGGGCGUGUGCGAGGCCCGGGUAGCUUUGUCCAGUUGCGGGUGGUGUCGUCGGCGAGUUGUGAGAUAGUCGCAAAGAUGUCGUAUAUUCCGGGACAGCCGGUCACCGCCGUUGUGCAAAGAGUUGAAAUCCACAAGCUGCGUCACGGAGACAACCUGAUCCUAGGGUUCAGUAUCGGAGGUGGCAUCGAUCAAGACUCCAGCCAGAACCCCUUUUCGGAGGACAAGACAGAUAAGGGCAUCUACGUCACACGAGUGACUGAGGGAGGACCUGCAGAGGUGGCUGGACUUCAGAUGGGAGACAAAAUCAUGCAGGUGAAUGGGUGGGACAUGACCAUGGUCACACAUGAUCAAGCCAGAAAACGUCUCACUAAGAAAAAUGAGGAAGUAGUCCGACUUCUAGUGACCAGGCAAUCCCUCCAGGAGGCCGUCAGGCAGUCUAUGAGGCAGUAAAAAUCGCACUGCUGCCCGGAUCUCGUCAUCUUCUAGUACACAGGUUGAACUAAAGACCAUCUUCCGUGCAUGUGUUGUGGCUGGUCUCCAUAUCUCAGCCGCAGCACGUGCAUUUAGCACACGCCACCAUUUCCAACAUACAUCACUGUAUAUUGCUAGCAGGGGUGUCCUAUAAUCGCCAUUACUAUAUAGGGUACUCUUAGGGUUACAAAGAACAGGCAUUCUCCAGUGAGAAGCGAGAACUGGACCCUAGCUGCUGGUCCACGCUUGGUCUCACUUUAGCGACAUGUUUCAAUUGAAAAUGCUUUUAGAUAUAAGCUAUUGACUUUAUUUUACGCCACUUUAUACUCACAUCGAGGUGGUGCAUUUCCCUUUAAUAAGAUUCUGCGCAGUAAAAUGCUUCCCCUAUGAGAACUGAUAUUUUACAUUGGCUGACGACAAAGACCAGUAGCUUGCACUUUUAUUAAGUACAUUCCAUUGUGUUCAUAUGUUUUAUAGUGGAUCUGAAAUGUCUGUUGUAGUAAAUACUGGAAAUAACAAUUCUGAGGCAUCUUUUCUUUGAACUCUGCAUUGUGCUGUUCCUCUAUUUAUCCUCCUGGAAAUGUAUGACUAAAAUGGGAACUGAGUGUUCUCUCUACACAGUUGGGCACUGUCCCUUAAAGGAGUUAUCCAAAGCAAUAUAACAGACCUCCCAGAGUGGCCGACCCGCGGUGGUGAUCAUGCUUACCUGGUCCCUUACGUCACCUGUGACAGAAGAAGAACAGGUAUUCGCUGCGGCCGGCGAUUGGCUGCAGCGGUCAUGUGCCCCCUGUCAACUGGAUGUCGUUUUUAGUGCAGCCAGGAGAUGAAAAGCCAGCGGUGGAGCGAUGGAGACUGAACCCAGUGGCAGCAACCAGGUAAGUAUGAUGAUCACCACGUCAGGGUUGGCCACUCUGGGAGGCCUUUAUUAGUAGGCUUGGAUAGCGCUUUAAAGUACUGACAUUGGAGAGAUACUCUAUUGACAACGGGAAUGGUAGCCAGUUGUCAGCAUACAUUUCCAGGAUGAACAACCGAGGAACAGCCCAACGCAUGGUUCAAGGAAAAGGUGCGCUAACAUUGUAAUUUCAUGGGGGCAUGCGAGUAUUUACUAAAAUGGAACUGACAGGUCGUUAAAAUGGUUUCCCGCCUUUCAGAGAUUGAUGACCCCACUGAUCAGCUGUUGGCGGCAGCCCCUGGAAGCAGAAAGCUCAGUCCAGCGCGCAGUGGCUGUGCUGGCGAGCCGAGCUGCUGAAAAUAGCUGAUUGUGGGGGUGCAGUGUGUUAGACCUCCACCGAUCCGGAGCAUAGGUCAUCUGUAUCUAAACGGGUGGAAAACCCCCUUUUAAUGCUUCUUUUACUAAUUCUGACACCAUAAGGUGGUUUGGGGAAAAAAACACCACUAUAGUUCUUUUUGACCCAAAGCCAGAAAUGGAUCCAGCAAGGAGAAAUGGGUCUAUAGUUUCCAUUUAACCUCCCACUAUCCAUCUUGCUUAUUAUUUUAUUAACUGGAGGAUACAAGAUGGACCCGGACAGCAAUGGCAGGGACGGUUGUUGCUUCUGCUAAAUGUUAACCAGUAUUCCCAGCAUGUACAUCAUCACAGGGACUGUCUACAGCGAUACAUGAACCAAAGACUAACACCAAUCCUAUUGUGCCGAUUGUAGGUCACGGCUCUGCCCGUUGGUCCACAUUUGAUGUAGAUUUACAGAUUUGCAGUAUGUCUAACUUCAGGAACUGUUCGGGGCUCCUCAAUAAAGGGGAUCUUUUUUUAUUAAUCUGUAUCGGGAUUCACACGGCCAUAUUUGAGAUCUGUUUAAUUUUUAUUUUAUUUUUUGCCAUAAGGAAGGGGUCAUUAUAAAAAAAGGACAUUCUUG